AGCCCCUAUUCCUAAUUUAUAAUGGCAGUAGAAGCUUUUAAGGAGAAGUUUCUGGAGACUCACAACACAUACAGGACCAUGCAUCAGGCUCCACCACUGACCUAUAACUCCGAGCUGUGCAGCAAAGCCCAGGCGUGGGCUGACCAACUGCUGCAACGAAAAACCCUGGCCCACAGUGAGACUGAUGAUGGAGAGAAUGUCUUCUACUCUUUUUCCUCAGCAUCUCUAAAUCUAAAAGGAAAUGAAGCAGUGGAUUCCUGGUACAAAGAGAUUGAAAAAUAUGACUUCAGCAGCCCUGGAUAUCAAUCUGGAACUGGGCAUUUCACUCAGGUGGUGUGGAAGGACACCAAGGAGCUGGGUGUGGGCAUGGCCACUGAUGGCAAUAUAGCAUUUGUGGUUGGACAAUACCGCCCAGCUGGCAACUUCACCAAUAAAGGGUACUUUGAGAAAAACGUCCGCCCAAAAGAUUUGUAAGAGGAAGGCAGGUUCGCCCUGAGACAACAAACCUGCACACUGCUGUAGAAGACAUGGACCUUCCUGUAACUGUCA